AUGGUGCUGCACGGCCACUCGCACUCGCUGCCGCUGGGUGCCCGCCUGGUGCGCCCCGUGCAGCGCCUGUGGGGCACCGCUUCCAAGGCCUUUGCGCAGCACCCGUUCCUCAUCAAGACCGUCAGCGCCGGCUUCGGCUUUGCCUUUGGCGACGUGCUGUUCCAGCUGGGCACCACGCGGCGCAAGGGCCUGCCGCUCGACUGGCGCCGCUCGGCGGCGAUGGGCGGCGCGGGGCUGGCUGCUGCGGGGCCCCUGGGCUACUACUUCAUCAUGUGGAUGGAGGGCAACAUCAUGACCGCCGCACCGCACAGCAUGCUGGCGCUGGGCGUGAAGCUGACCCUGGAUCAAGUGCUGGGGUUGGCGCUGUGGCAUGCCGCACUGGCCGCCAUCAACGAGCCACACCGGGUGGCGUGCCUGGCGCUGGCGCAGCAGCUGGCGCAGCAGCAGCAGCAGCAGCAGCGGGGGCGGGACAAGCAGCACCUGCUCGCAGCCAGCAAGGCGCGGUAG